UGGGACCGGCCGCGGCAGCCGGCGGGGAGGGAAGGAGGGAGGGAGCGCUCGGAGGGGGCGGGUGGCGCACGCCGUUUCCCUUUCUCUUUCGCUGGGCGGCCGUCCGCCCGAGGCCGCGGGGCUCCGCCAGGUCCCGACAUGGCUCGCCUGACGCCGCGGCGGGAGGUACGAGCCACGGCCCCCUGAGAGCUCCCGCACCGCCAGCAAAUGCCUGGAAAAGUCCCGCAGCGCAGAGCGGCACCGCAGCGCUCCUGAACGGCCGGCGGCAUCACCUCGCAGAUCCGCUCCCUGAACCCCCGGCACUCCGACAGCCUGUCCUGCCCCACGAAUGGCUGCUCAGAGGAAGCACUUGGUGAAAGAUUUCAAUCCUCAUAUCACCUGUUACAUCUGCAAAGGUUAUCUCAUCAAGCCCACCACGGUCACGGAGUGCCUCCACACCUUUUGUAAGACUUGCAUUGUUCAGCACUUCGAAGACAGCAAUGACUGUCCCAGGUGUGGCAACCAAGUGCAUGAGACCAACCCACUAGAAAUGUUAAGGCUGGAUAACACCUUAGAGGAAAUUAUAUUUAAGCUGGUGCCUGGACUUCGAGAGCAGGAGCUGCAGCGAGAGAUUGAGUUUUGGAAGAAAAAUAAACCUCAAGAAAAUGGGCAAGAAGAAAGCCCCCAAACUGACAAACCCAAAGUUGAUGAGGAGUGCGAUGAAAAUGAAGAGGAUAAAGACUAUCACAGGAGUGACCCACAGAUUGCUAUCUGCCUCGACUGUUUACGUAACAAUGGGCAGUCAGGAGACAAUGUAGUAAAAGGUUUAAUGAAGAAAUUUAUCCGCUGCUCUACUCGAGUGACCGUGGGAACUAUCAAAAAGUUUCUCAGCUUAAAAUUAAAGCUUCCAAGUUCUUAUGAGCUGGAUGUACUAUGCAACGGAGAAAUCAUGGGAAAGGAUCACACUAUGGAAUUCAUCUAUAUGACAAGAUGGAGACUAAGAGGCGAAAAUUUUCGGUGUCAGAACUGCUCAUCUUCGCAAGUCUACUCACAGGAUGGCACUUUUUAUCAGUCUUACCCUAUGGUACUUCAGUAUCGACCUAGAAUUGACUUCGGUUAGACCAAAGGGCCAAAUCCCAUUGUGAUGAACCCUGCACUAUUUGUUUACCCAUCGACAGAUUGCACAAUGAAUGGAUGUGCCUGGAUUAGGGGGACACAACCAGAUUUUCAGCAUGCAAAUAAGGACAUUGUCUUUCUUAAAAUUGUUGACUGCAUCUUUGUUGUUUCUAUUAGAGUAAGCCAAGUGCCAUUCUGCUACUGAAAUGUGCAUAGGAUAUUUGUGAAUUUUACAAGUGUGCUGCAAGUCAUAACCAAAAUCAUGAAGUGUACAGACAAGAUUCAAAAACUCUGGAAUAUUUUUGCUUGCGUGUUAAAAAAUUCUUCUGGUCCUCGUACUGAUCACACUAGCAAAAUGGCAGAGCUCUCAUUCCAUGUGGUGUUGCAGUUUCACACGCUUACUAUUUUACUGAAUAUUGUUGUUUAAAUCAUAGAGUACUGUACAAAUAGCUAAGGAUUAUACCUUGAAAAUAUUUUGUAUAGAAAAUAUAUUUAGAGAAGUGGUGGUUGGGCCACUACCUUUUUCUUGAUAAGCUUCUUAUGGGUCCAGGUAUAGCUCACUCAUGAGUGUGCAAUGGCCCUUUUGCAGUGUACCCUUAACAAGAGUGUUGAACGUGAUAAUUCAAAAAAGGAAUUUUAAAUUGUCUAAAUAGAUUCUACCAGUAUUGCUUAAAAGCAUUGCAGCCUUUGUGAUUGCACUUUUUUUUUUUAUGGCUACCCUAAAGGUUGGAAUUUGGGAUAUGGCUUUUCUUUGGAAAAUGGCUUCUAGUCAGAUAACAUUUCUUCUAAUAAAACUUUUAUAGAAAUGAAGUUAAAAUAAUCUGUCUGUGAGAUAAAUUUCAUUGUGAGGUUACAGUCAAUGCAGAAUCUACGUGUAGUUACUGCAUUUUGUGGUAAGCACUUACUUUUAAGAUUUGGUAAAGGUAUAUAAUAAGCUUAAAAAAAUAACAUAUAGCUUUAGUUAUGCUAUACAUCUCUCUUGAGAGUAUCUGGAGUGUAGAAUUCAUGGUGGAAAUGUUUCACUAGUUGAAGCCUCAUCAUACAAUUAUAUCCAUAAAAUUAGAGGCAAUGCAAUACUGAAGAUAAGCAGUCUGACCAAAAUAGUUCUUUGGGUCAUUUUGUUUUUUUUCCCUGAGACCUGGUAGUGCUGGAUAAAAGAGUGAUUGUUGCCUUAGGUACUGCAAGCGUCAUGGUUCUUGUAUAGAAUGUUUAUUGAGGUUUCUGGUAGUGUUGCAGGGAGCAUAGUAAUGCGCAUGUUUUCUGUAGUCUUCCGUUGUCUUGCUCUGCUUACAAGUCAAAUGAGUUUUUUACUUCAAAAGCUGUGGAGAUAACUGUAGUUCAGUACCGUCACAUAAUUAUUUUCAGUGCACACCCUCUAGUAUUGUAGAUAGCUAUAUGUGUCCUUAGACCUUCUGCAUACAUCAGAAGGGAACCAAACUUGCGUUUCAGAAACUACUCUAAUCGAACUUGGGUAGGACAAAGUGAAAAUUCCGUCUUGACUACCAUGGGAUCAAGUAUAAAAGGUGGAAACAAGGCUGUAACUUCUUUGUAAAUGUGUAUUUGCAUACAUUAUGUUUCUGUAGGAGAAACACGCAUGUUGUGUAUUAAAUCUGGCCCCUUUAAUACUUGCAGGACUUCUAACAUUGAUGACUUGAAGAAUCCUUAUAUUGCUGGGUUAAGUCCCACCAAUGCACUCCGAAGCCCGUACAACAUGAUGAAAUAGCAAUGCUGUCAGUAGCAGUCUGUUUAGGAAACCUGCCAUUGCAGGUCAAGGUUGCACAUAUUGUGCAGAUGCCAGUGAGCCUGGGGAAGCAAAAUGUUAAGGAAGCUGCUGCUCCGUUCUACAGGCAUAACGUGCCGACUGGCAUAGGCUUUCUUUUGCCCAUGCUGUAAUGGGAACAGGUGCACCUGCGGGCUGCAGGAAGCAGUCAUCUUUUUGCCCACCUGAGCUGUGACGUGCUGCUUUGCCAAAACAGCCCCACACUCCAUGUUGGGAGGGCCCUGCUCAUCUGUGUGCGUGGAGCAGCUUAUCAGAUCAGAGCAUUCAUUCUAAGUGCAAGUCAUUGCUAUCUUUGUUAUAUACAAUUGUUUUGUAUGGUAGAAAUAAUUUGUAAAUAUUGACAUGCACAUGCAAAUGACACCUUAGAAUUUUUAUAUAUUUCAUGUGUUUUUAUACCAGAAUUUUCACUGUAGAUUCACUUAACAUAAAAUGUUUCAUUUCAUCACAAAGCUAGCAGUAGGACUCUUAUGCAUAACUUCUGCUUGAUUUGGGGGACCCCUUUUUUCUCAGCUUUUGCUGGUUUGAUGAAUUUGAACAGAUUUGGGGGGAAUUAGGCACAUUAAUUUUUAUCCAAUAUUGGUUACCUUACACAGAAGUUUGCAUCCAGCUAACGGGACCCUUGACAUUUAAGGCUACUUCAUUGUGGCUUUCAAAUGACACCCCAACAGAAGAUUUGACAGUCUGAUGACUUUCUGUAGUCACAGUUCAGAGGGCUGUGAGGUUGUGUUGAUUGGAAUUAGAUACUGGUGAUUCGUGGUAUUUUUUGGAUGAAACUUCAAGCUAGGUUACAGAAGGCAAAUCUUCAUUUUAAGCAUGGAAAUUACAGACAUACCUGAUCAUACCUGAUUCAAUGUUCCCAGCUGAGAAUUAUGCCUUUAAAUGCUUUUAAAUGUGUAUAAUCUAGGCAGCUACCUACAAUUAAUGCAUUUCUGAGUUGAUGGCAAAGCUCCUGAGUGCUGCUCUAGUUUAAUAGUUUUCGUAGCAGCAAAGUACCAGUAAAUACAUAUCUUAACUGGACAGCUUGUAUAACACAGGAUUUGCCUUUCUUACAGGAAUUUUUUCUCUUCUCUAUAGUAUGUGUGCCAUGUAUCUACAUCUAGGCAUAUUUGAUUCCUUUGUGCCAAUUAAAGAUAACUGAACAGCGUAGGUCCACAAGAUUGCACAUACAGAUUCCUAUGUGCCAAUGAUGGAGUAAGUGGAAUAAGUAUGAAGCAUUCCAUUAAAACUAAACCAUAUUCCAUCACUGAGCAGAUUAAUUUAUACAGUCACACUUGCUGAAAAUAAGUAAAUAAAUAAAAAUCCACACUACUGCUUAACCUUGCUAUCUCAUACUUAGCACAUUUGGUGCUUUAUUUUCCUGAAAGUGAAAAAUUUUAUCUCCUUUCACUCUGGGAAAACUUAUUAAUGACAGUUUUAAGCAAAUUUUCAUUGGACAUUGAUGUAUGCUGAGUUUGUCCAGCAACAAACUGCAAGCUAGAAUUUACAGGUGAGGUCCUAUAAAAUCUCCAACAGUAGGGAGUUCAGUAAUCAAGAAAUGCAUCUUCCAUCAUGUAUUACUACAUUGCAUGUACUUGAGAGCCUAGUGCUAUAAAAGACAUUUGUUUGGAUGAAAUGCCAAGUAAGAUCGCUAUAAUAUUCUUAAGUGACUCAUCACUACAGUAGUUAACUGCUUACAAGUGCUUCUGAGAUUUGGGUCCUAGCAGUAUGCAAUGAGUGUUGUGCAUAUUUAGCUGGCUUGCAGCUAUUAUGCAAAGUUGAGUUCUAAAGUGAUAUUUUGACUUUACUGAAAAUAUUAUAUAAAGUGCCUGAUUAUUAACGCAGAAUAUCUUUUAAACCCAAUAUUUGUAUUUGGCAGGGUAAUCUUUGCUUCUCUAUCUUAUCAAUGAUCUUAAUAUCUUCAUCAAAAAUAUUUCAUGACCGCUCUGUAUUGAGAAAUCUUCCCUCACGUGAAAAAAGCAGAAAAAUACAUGCUAUUUUUUUUUUCCAUUUCUGAUUGUCUAUCUCAGUAGAAACUAUGUGAAAAGAAUACUUUCAUAUUGAAAUUACUUCAUUUUCUCUAUGAGGUGACCUUGAUUUCUGAACCUUUUUUUUCUCCUAGGCUCCCAAGAUUUGAUUCUACUUUUCUCUUCUGCAGUUAUCAAAAGCAUUUCCAGUAUAUCUAUAGGUGGAAAGAGAAUGAACUCAUUCCCUUUAGGUGUAAGCUAGACUCUUCUCCACUGAAGACAGAGCAAUGGUCCAGAGUUUUCAUCUCUUCCCUUCUGUGUGCAAUUGUUAGGCAUGACUUUGUUAGAGAAGAAAAGAAUUUUUCCUUCUCUGCUGCUUUCUGAAAUAACAAAAUGUACCAGUGUUUAUAGUCUUUUCACUGAACCAGUCUCUGAAUUGUGUUGUUCCUUUUGUUUGCAACAGAAGGAAUAGCCUCCAGCUCUGCCAGGUACUAUGUCUGGUAGAAAUUCUGCAGAGCAGGUAAUUGUUCAAAACCAGUCUUACAUAGCAAAACAAGCAGGCUGAGGGGCUACAUCAGUUACCGGUCAAAUACAUACUAUAAUCAUUCUUGUCUAUAUUUGCUUAGAAUAGGUAAGAAUUAAAUAUGUUCCAGGAAGUGAAUAGUUGCAGAAGAAUAAUAUGGUAAUUCAUCUGUCCUUGCAGAGGGACAUUCAUGUAGGUACAGCCCCUAAUGAAGAACAUGUGGAAUGUCCUUUCACAGUUGCAUUCUGCAAGUCUUUUGGUCUUCCCGUGUAAGAAUCCUUUAAUAGAUAAGACUGAACAGGAUGGAGGUUUUCAUAUAAACCUGGGACUUUCUUGUGAAAGAGUUUGCAGUUGAAAGCAAAGCAAAACAAUCCUAGACUGUGUGACAGAGUCUUCCUUUUGCAGUACAGGUACCAAGCUGCUGACUGCUAGGACAGAAAGUUUAUGGCCAUGCUUUAGUCAAGUCCAGAAAUGCUCCAGAGCAUCUGUUUCGUAGCUCUGAGAAGCAGUAGGUGACACUGCACUUCUUAGAACAAGGUAGAAUCAGGUGCCACCGUGACAUUAGAAAGCUAGUGCUUAAUGCCAAAGAAAUUCAUGUUUUCUUUUGGGAUUAAGUUAGUGUCUGCUGGAUUUCAGUGAGGUUUUCACAGUUCUGCAUUUUGAGCCCUUCUUAGCCAGUCUGAAUAAAGUAAUGCUUCCAUGUGGUGUACAACUAGAGAUACCCGUUUGAGGAAGGAUUGCCAUCUACUGGAGCAUGUUCCAGGAUGGAUUCCUAGACACGAGCUUUGAUCCACACUAAAGGAAAAGUGAAAAGCUUCCACCUUCUCGCUUACCACCACUUUUAUGGCACAUGGGAAAUCUGGUCUUCAGACCUCAGUUGAAACAUCCUUUUGUAGGAGUGUUCCCGAAUGAUUAUCUUAUAAUGGUAGCAUUUUUUCUUCAUGAGCAGAUCUACCUGUUGAGGUUUUUCUUCCCACUACUAUGCUGCCUGUGGAUCAGGUUAGAACAACAGGUUCCAGAACAGGCAAUUUAGUAAGGGAUUUCUAAUGGAGAUCCUUCUACCCCAGGUAUGUGCCAUAAAUCUUCUGAAUUCAGGUGGCUUGCUAAUGCAGCUGCGUAAGGGUGUUGUUCCAUUCUCUGGUAAGAGAUGUAGAUCUGUGCAGUGGUGGGGUGUGGCAGUGGAAUGGAACAGCCUUGUAGGCUGAUGGGAUGGUCCUGGCUACCUGUUGUACUUGUAGGGAACCAGAAACUGCUUUUCUAGGCUCAGGAUGGAUGAGAUAUUCUGGAAUUAAAUACAUCUGAAAGCGUAAUCUUUUGCAGUUACAUUAAUUUUAACCAAAGAGAAGCACUGGUUGGAAUUUGCAUGUUCAUCUAAACUAUUACGCAUACUUUUCUUUGCAGUGAAUUUUACAUGUAUUUUUAUCAAAUACUUCUGACAGGGUUACUAAUGUGACAGUUAACAGGGUGAGAUGGACAGGAGCAGUUACUGUGCAUUCUUUAUAAGAGUGAGUGGAAGGUGAUUGCUAUAUGAUAAAGUGCUGCAACAGUGACUCAUUUUUGCUGCUAGUUGACAUACUGAGAUGUGUGCUACAAAUGAAGUUGUAAUAAAGAUGUUUAUUAUCAAAGUGCAAGGCACGUAUUUUCUGAUGGUAUUCUACUCCUCAAAUUACGUUUUGUAUUAUAGCAUAUUGAGUAAAUAGGCAUUCUUGCUGUUGUCUCAUGAAUUUUGAUGCAGUAAAGUGAAACGUGCUCCCUUCCUUCUGAAAAAUAUAAUGUACUGAUUGAUUCAAAAUUAUUCUUUGCCUUCAGAUACUUAGUUUGUUCAUUAAAAAAAAAAAAUUUAAAAAAAAAAAAAAAAGGAGAAAUAAACUAUUUUUAUGGAUAAUCCAAUUGCCUAGUAGUUUCAAGGGACUUAACACCAAAGGUAAGCCACCCAGAUACUGGUAUGAUUGAGGCAGUGCCAUGUUCCUGCAGUGCAGUGCUGAGGGUUAGCCCUGGGUCUAGCAGAGCAGAGCUCCCUGCCUGGGGAUGUCCCACACCACAGGCCCAGCAGACUCAGAACAGCACAAAGCAGCCAACACAAGCAGGGUUAGCGCACAGGUUGAGCUGGCACAGCAUGAGCAGCUCUGUGGGUGUAGCUACCAUUGGAAAAGAGAAGCGCAAAGGCUUGUGUUACUGAUGUGUCAGCUAUACCUGGCCUGUGAACUGACAAAAUACUUCAGUGUGCUGUCUGUCCCGUGAACCUUCCAAAGCACAAAAUAUUCACCAGGCUACUUUGGGGUUUUCUGGCUGUAGUUCAGUGGUGUUUUGGAGGGUGGAAAGGACAGACAUGGAGGAUGAUGAGAAGAUACUAAGGUUGUUUUACAGAUUUUUAUACAUAUUUUUUUAGCAAACGGCAUUGCUGUACUCGGUGUGAGACCUUUGGUUAGCCAAGAAGUCAGUUAUUUUAUUUGUGCAGAGCAAGACAGAAUAAAGUAAUCUGAAUAUCUUCAUUUUCUUUUCCAGGAUAGCGAUUAGCUAAACUGGAAAGUAACAGAGCAAUUUAAUUAUUUAGCUGGCUCUAAAACAUUCUGAUCUAAAAACGUACUGAUAGUUGUUUUUCCUCAAAGACAAACUUAUUAGAGUAAGCAUGAAGCAGCAUCUCAUUUUUUCCUCUUACUGCAGACCUAACUGUUGAGAGGAAAAAAACUUCCCCCCCCCCCCCCUUUUUCCUCAUUUUUAAUUAAUGCAGAGCCGGAAUGGUUGGAUGUUCCAGGCUGCUGAGUCGCAUUGGUCUGAAUGGAAUUAUUUUGGGAUGGGGGACUAAGUGUCCUUAUAUAAGCUGUGAUCCAAGUUAUGAUAAGAAAGGAGCCUAUGGUGAGCAGUAGUAAUGUUCUAAUGCUUCCUUGCAUUUGAUCAGUAGCUAUCAGUUUUUAAUGUUACAGCCCUCACAGCACUUAGGAGCUCAUAGAACAUAUUGUGAUGUUAUGUUGCUAAUUUGUUUUAAAAUAUAAAAUGUUCAAAGCUUUUUGUCAAAAGUGGUAACAUCAUAUUACAAAUAAACCUUUUUGUGGUUGUAAAACUUAGCUUAUAAAUCAUUCAAAUUGAAGUGAAAAAAACACAGGUCAUUGUUAAUGACAGUCUAUCCUACUAUUAAAAAUAUAUGUAUUUUUGUAAAGGAAAAGCACUUGUAGAUAUUUAAUCGGUCCGAUAUCUGUCUAUGUUAAUGUUUUGAAGAAAAAAAAAAUACAAAAUGCUGCUUAGAGAAUCACUUAUGUAUGUUUUAUUUUUUGUGCUCAGAUGCAUUUUCUGUUGAUUUAUGGAAUGUUUAUCCUGUGUGAAGCUGUAUAGUUAGUACAGCUGGGCUAAAUGCAUUUCUUACCUUAAUGGAAUGCAGCAUGUCUGACUAUGCCUUUACAUUUUCUCUCCAAUCAGAAACCCGACUGCAAAACUUAGGUUGGUGGUGCUGUUCAUCUUUGAUAUUAGCUUCAUUCUGCCGUACAUCAUUACUACUUCAUAAUGAUUGUAAAAAUGCUAACAAUUUUUUGUGGUGUUUGUGUUUAAUGGAUGUUUUUAGGGCGUAUUUGGAUUUCAUUUGCAUUUUAGGAAAACCUACAAAGUUUUAUAUGUAAAUAUGUUUGCAUUUACAGAUGGCAUUUGAAGUACAGUUCCUCCAGACAAUAAAACAGACCAGAUUAGUCAUGUUCAGUAACUUUCCUCUGGAGGAAGCUAAGCCAGGUACACACAUGGAGUAUGACUGCAUCACUGAAGUAUCUGAGCACUUGUACAAAUGGUAUUUUUCUUGAAUUCAGAAUAAUUAAUGUCUUGUAAUGUUGUAAGGACCAUUGAAACUUCAUCCUUAUCUAUUUAAAUUCUGUGUGGCCCAGAGGUCCCUCUUCCUCACUGAGUUUCCUUUCAUUGGUGUCUUGUUUGACAUCUAAUACUGUAGAUCUAAUAGCCUGCACUAGCGGUAGAUACAGUGUUAUAAACUCAGUUGAGUAAAUACUUGCCAAUUCUGAAAUAAGCAGAGAAUUUCACUCAGACAACAAACAUUGGCCGUGCCACCAUCUCGUUAACAUGCAUGUUUCUCAAUGACCUGUCAGUGAUUAACUUCUAAUGUUUUUUAACAUUUGGAUAUUGUUUUAUCAUUUUUAUUAAGCUAUAUAUGAAUUCACUGGGGGUCAGCAUCUCAGGUGAAUCACCAAAUGAAUAUUCUUUAUGUCUGCACUAAAAUCAUUAGAAGCUGGGUGGUUGUCAUGGGGGAAAAAGAGAAGGCUGUGAGUGAGUUAGCAGUAGUGAGCAGUUCUGCACUGUGGUAAAGGGAGUGUUGGUGCUAAGUUCUAUCUUGGCAGGGUGCCGCAGUUCCACCUCUUGGUGCAGAGUGACGUGUGCCUGUUAGAAAAUGCAUCUCCACGUGUGUUAACAAGGUGCAUUUCAGAGCAGUAGCUUGUGCAGACUGUGUAAAUGGACCUUUUGGAAUCUUGUGUAUUAAAUAUAAUUUAUCUGUAAUAUUUCUAGUGAUCUACCUACCAAUAAGGUUCAGUACCAGCGAUGUUAAAUUGAGUGCUUCAUGCUAAUGUCAAGAAUGUUCACAGCACCUUUAUAACUGCUGACCACAAAUUACAGUUCGGUAUGGCGUGUGUGCUGCAAGAUGCCUCUAGCCCAGUUGGAUUAAUUUUAUGAAAAAUCUAGAUGAGCAAGAAGUAUAACUAAUCUGCUUACUAGCACUGAAUCGCUCCUUUCUCAAAGCAAUAAAUAUAUCCAUGUUGUGACAUCUGUUGUGCAGCCUACAAUAAGAGUUGUUUUGUUGCAUUGUUUCUAUAUAAUUUAUUUUGUGCAAUAAAAGAUCUCUGGUUUUAUCUGA